CAACAAACAGUUACUACCCUUUUGCCGGGUCUCUCUGGCGCAGCAACGCCGCUUCUGGAAAAACCGCCGAGUCAGUGCUCACUCAGUCACUCACUCGUCGUUUCUCUCUUGAAUGUCGGCACCGCAUAAGUUUCUCUGCACAUUCUCCCACCGCAUCCUCCUCCUCCCUCUCUCAACUUCCAGAACCUUCCUCUUCCUCCCCUCCUCCCACCGCUUCUUCUGCACCCUUCCUCCCUCAACAAUGCCUCUCAAUCAGCGAAGUGGUGGUCACGGUGGCCAGCAAUGGAAGGAGGAACCGAAGAAUGAGGCGCCGUUAUCAUCGACUAUGGGAGAUUCUGCAACUGGUUCUGAAACUGUUUCUAACAAGCUUGCCGGAAUGCAUAUUGGUGAAAACAGUGAGCAAACGGGGUUAGGGCAUGCUAAUAAGGGUGCAAUUUGGAAACCUAAAUCAUAUGGAACUACUGCUGCAACUGAAGUUGACAACAAACCGGCGGGUAAAGUCGCGGUUGAUGGUGCAAGGGUUGAUGCUACUGGUGUGGCUUCACCUCAGAAGAGUAGCAUUAGUAGUGCUGGUUUGAGCAAGUUAUUUCAAGGCAAUCUGUUGGAAAAAUUCGAAGUGGACAACUCUACCUACUCACAAGCACAUAUCAGAGCAACUUUCUACCCCAAAUUUGAGAAUGAAAAGUCAGAUCAAGAGACCAGGACAAGGAUGAUUGAGAUGGUAUCAAAAGGUUUGGCUACCUUAGAGGUUUCACUUAAACAUUCUGGUUCUCUUUUUAUGUAUGCGGGCCAUGAGGGUGGAGCUUAUGCAAAAAACAGUUUUGGAAAUAUAUAUACUGCUGUUGGUGUAUUUGUUCUUGGGCGGAUGUUUCGUGAGGCUUGGGGAACUGAAGCUUCGAAAAAACAGGCUGAAUUUAAUAAUUUUCUUGAGAGAAACCAUAUGUGCAUAUCAAUGGAACUAGUAACAGCUGUACUUGGAGACCAUGGGCAGCGUCCGCAAGAAGAUUUUGUGGUAGUUACAGCAGUCACUGAACUGGGAAAUGGAAAGCCAAAGUUCUAUUCAACUCCUGAGAUAAUUGCUUUUUGCAGAAAAUGGCGCCUACCGACAAAUCAUGUGUGGUUGUUUUCAACAAGAAAAUCAGCCUCUUCCUUCUUUGCUGCCUAUGAUGCCUUAUGUGAGGAAGGUACUGCAACGUCUGUAUGCAAGGUUCUUGAUGAAAUUGCAGACGUAUCUGUACCAGGUUCAAAAGACCAUGUAAAAGCCCAAGGAGAAAUUUUAGAGGGUCUUGUUGCUCGUCUUGUGAGUCAUGAGAGUUCAAACCAUAUUGAAAAAGUUUUGAAAGAAUUUCCUCCUCCACCUGCUGAUGGAGUUGCCCUUGAUUUCGGACCAAGUCUAAGGGAAAUUUGUGCAGCAAAUAGAUCUGAUGAAAAGCAGCAAAUAAAAGCACUUCUCGAGAGUGUUGGCAGCUCUUUUUGUCCUGACUAUUCAGAUUGGUAUGGGACUGAUGGUGCUGAUAUUCAUUCAAGAAAUGUAGACAGAUCUGUUGUUUCAAAAUUUUUACAAGCCCAUCCUGCAGACUAUUCAACAAAAAAGUUGCAGGAAAUUAUUCGACUGAUGAGGGAAAAACGCUUCCCUGCUGCAUUCAAAUGUUAUCAUAACUUCCACAAGGUUGAUGCCAUAUCAAGCGACAACGUGUUUUACAAAAUGGUCAUUCAUGUACACAGUGAUUCUGCUUUUCGACGAUACCAAAAAGAGAUGAGGCAUAGACCUGGAUUGUGGCCGCUGUAUCGAGGAUUUUUUGUAGACAUCAAUUUAUUUAAAGCAAACAAGGAGAAAGCAGCUGAAAUUUCUAUGAAAAGCAGUAUAAAUGAAAGUGAUAGUACUAGCUCUGAGAAAGAUGAUUUUGCUGAUGAAGAUGCAAAUUUAAUGGUCAAAUUGAAAUUUCUUACAUAUAAGUUGCGAACCUUUCUCAUUCGAAAUGGCUUACCAGUUCUGUUUAAAGAAGGUCAAAGUGCUUACAAGGCUUAUUAUCUGAGACAAAUGAAAAUAUGGGGAACCUCUCCAGGAAAGCAGAAAGAACUUAGCAAGAUGCUUGAUGAAUGGGCUGUGCAUAUAAGAAGGAAGUGUGGAAAUAAGCAAUUGUCAUCAUCAAUAUAUCUUAGUGAAGCUGAACCUUUCCUUGAACAGUUUGCUAAACGUAGCCCACAGAACCAAGCCUUAAUAGGUUCUGCCGGUAGUUUAGUUAGAACUGAAGAUUUCUUGGCCAUUGUUGAGGAAGGCCAGGAUGAAGAAGGUGAUCUUGUGGCAGAGCGAGAUAUGGCACCAUCCGGGCCUAGUAUCUCAGUCAAAGACACAGUUCCGAAGAACGAAGGGUUGAUUGUAUUCUUUCCCGGAAUACCUGGUUGUGCCAAGUCUGCCCUUUGCAAAGAAUUGCUAAAUGCCCAAGGAGGACUAGGAGAUGAUCGUCCAGUUCAUAGUCUCAUGGGUGAUCUGAUCAAAGGAAAAUAUUGGCAGAAAGUGGCUGAAGAGCGUAGAAAGAAACCAAAUUCUAUAAUGCUUGCUGACAAGAAUGCCCCAAAUAAAGAAGUUUGGAGACAGAUAGAAGACAUGUGUCUCAGGACCAAGGCAUCUGCUGUCCCAGUUGUGCCUGAAUCUGAAGGAACUGAUUCAAAUCCAUUUUCUCUUGAUGCAUUAGCUGUUUUUAUGUUUCGUGUUCUUCAACGAGUCAAUCACCCGGGAAAUCUUGACAAGGCAUCUCCAAAUGCUGGCUAUGUUCUGUUAAUGUUUUAUGAUCUUUAUGAUGGCGAGAGCCGUAAAGAGUUUGAGGGUGAAUUAAUUGAGCGUUUUGGGUCACUUGUGAAGAUGCCAUUACUUAAAUCCGAUAGGAAUCCUCUUCCUGAAGCAGUGCAGUGCAUUUUGAAGGAAGGAAUUGAUUUAUUUAAGCUUCACUCUAAAAGACAUGGAAGCAUACUUAAUCCAGUCAGCAAGUCAAAUCAUCACUCGCCGGAGCUCCGGGCUCCGGCGAGGACCUGCUCCAGACUUAUUGCAAACGAGAGGACCCAGAUUUGCAAAUUUUCCGGGGAGGGACUAAUUUCAGACGGCGAGACAAAGACUGGGGCCAAAUUAGAGUCUACCAAGGGAUCGUACGCGAAGGAAUGGAUAAAAUGGGAGAAACAAUUACGGGAUAUUCUAAAUCAAACUGCUGAGUAUUUUAAUUCAAUUCAGGUUCCAUUUGAUUUUGCUGUCAAGCAAGUCUCGGAACAAUUGAGAAACAUUGCUAAGGGAGAGUACACAGCACCAGAUACCGAAACGAGGAAACUUGGUGCCAUUGUUUUUGCUGCAAUCAGUGUGCCAGUUGCAGAAAUUCAAGGUGUCCUUAAUAAUUUGGCCGAGAAGAAUCCCAAGAUUGAUGCAUUCCUUAAAGGCAACCAUUUAGAGAAUCUUAAUCGAGCUCAUUUGACUCUUGCCCACAAAAGAAGUCAUGGCAUCAAAGCUGUAGCUGAUUAUGGUCUCUGGCUGCAUAUAAAGGUACCCGUGGAGUUGACGGCACUGCUCUUAUCAGAUAAAAUGGCUGCACUUGAAGCUUGUCCUGGCUCAGUGGACGGUGAUAAGAUAGUUUCAAAAAAUGCGUGGCCCCAUAUUACCUUAUGGACUGGUGAAGGGGUUGCAGCCAAGGAUGCCAACAUGUUACCACAGUUGUUUGCAGAGGGGAAAGCAAAUCGGAUUGACUUCAACCCUCCCAUCAGUAUAUAUGGCACAAUGGAAUUUUAUUGAGUUCUUUUUGCUACUCAGUUUUCUAAAAUGAAAAAGGUCAUUUUUUUUUCUUUAAAAAAAUUACAAGAUCAUGGUUAUUUAGAGAAGAUGAUGGUGAAAUUUUUUGUAGGAGCGCAUUUUGUCCUGAGGAAUUGUGUAUAUAUAAGCUUUUAGAAAGCCGAGUAUGAUUUAUGGUCCGGAUUUCCACCUUGAGGUUUCCAUGUGAUAGAUAGAUCAUUCAUUUUAUGUUCACUUGCUUCGUUGUACACUGCCUUUCAUGGCUUAUUCUUGUUGUGUAAUCUAUUUUUUUACCCUGGUAAGUGAGUUA